GGCGUAGUUGAAAGAAUGCGAAAGUGAAAGUAAAGUGAAUUGGGGUAGUUUGGUGGGAAAUCCAACGAUCGAAAGCGCACUUCUCUUUGUGUUUUAGUGUGUGCAGACAUCACUGGACAGAGAACAGGCGAAGAUGACGGGCUUUUCUACAAUUUACAAGCUCUCUUUGCUCGCGGUGUUUUCUCUCGUACAGGGGUGCCUCUCCAGUUGCCCUGUGAUAGAGUGCUGGUACACGCUAGAGAAAAGCAGAGGAGGAGGAGGUUUGGCUUCAGGUGCAAACCAAGUCAACGCUCUGCUUUUUGUCAAGUCGGAAGAACAGCAACAUGACAGGGAGACUAUGAACACACCAUCUGACAUCGAGCACACAUUCUCCAUUACAGACUCCUCUGGUUUCCUGUGCCACAAGGCCCUGAACCCUCCUGAAGGCUCCAUAAAGAAGCCUCACUGUGAGCUCAACCAGAUCCAGCCACAGCCUUCCUCUCUCCUCUGGGUGGCGCCACUCACAGAUUCUGCACAGAGCCCCCUGUACCUCCAGGCCGACUGGCGAGCAGCUACGAUCCACGGCCUGGAUAAAGAGAUGUCUGUGACCAGUGUUAUACGUACAUCACCAGAAAGCCAGCACAGUGAUUUGAUCUUGAGCGUGACCACAAAAACUGUCUUCGUCACGGCCCGACUGGGGGUGCCUGCUCUGUUGGACUGUAGUUUCUGGGUGGACCCCUCCUCCCCUCUCCACGGUGCUGGGUUUUCUGUGGAGUGGCGAUAUCAGUUUAGGGGAAACGGGCAUCUGGUCUUGGGUUACGACGGAAAAAACGACCGCUUGUCUGAUAUUAAGGAUAAAGGAGCCAUGCUGGAUUUUGAGGGUGUGCACCAGAACGGGAACGCUUCUCUGAUCCUGUCUGAAACUAAAGUCAAACAGUCCGGGACUUACAUCUGCUCCGUGCAUGUGCCGUAUCUCCUGGCACAAGUGGCAGUAGAGCUGGAGAUUGUCGAGCCUCCAUCCAUCUCCAUCCACCCAUCCCCUCCCCCCAUCAUCAUCCCGGGACAGAUUGUGACUCUGCACUGUGAGGCGUCUGGAUUCGCCCCUCUCUCUCUCGACUUCAGCUGGGAGCUCACAGACUCUGAAGGGAACGUUACGCCUCUGGGAUCGGGCAGCGUCUCGGGCCACAGAGAGGGCUACGACGGCACCUACAGUCAAAGCAGCAAACUGCAGCUAGACUCGGCCAAACUGGAGCAGGGCAGAGGAGGCGAGCUGAGCUGUGUGGCAGCACAUCCUGGGGGCACACGACGGGCCAGUGUAACCCUCAAUGUCAUCGGCUUUAGUACUCCAUCCAUCGAAGACUCAAUGGCCAUGGUGGGAGUGGCUUUAGUGCUCUACGGCCUCAUCAAGUUUGUCUCCUGGACUUUCACUGGUUCAGGUGAUGAUGAAUCUGAUGAAAAGAAAAAGAAUUAAACAUCAGAUCUCUGUGAAGAACAUUUGUCAAAACAUGAAGAAUAUGGCCAUUUGGGAUUGGAUUUUUUUCAGUUUAUAGAUUGUGUUUCUUUCUAAAUGGGGGUAAAUCUUCAAAGUACUUUUAUCCCUUUUGCACCUUUGGAAGUAGGUUGAAACCUGUUUAAUUUUCCUGUUGACUUUUCUUAUUUUGGUGCAAUAUUUACAUGUGUUUAUCUGUUUAGGUUAUCUUUAGGUAGGAAGGAUUUGAAAGUCACUGUUGUUUAAAUGAGUGAUAAUUUUAUAAUGUAGAUAAAUGUAACUCAUUACUCUGCCCUCUACACUGUGACACACAUAUCCCAAAUGAUACACGUAUUGGAAUAACAUGAAAAAUGUGAACAUUAUUAAUUUAUUUAAGUUACUGGCAAAAGAAAAAAAAAUCUGUCAACUGGACAACGAUUGAUCAGUCCUGGACGAGUGAGGGAUUACACAGAUAUUGAAGUUAGUGUUUUUACUGUUCAAAUGUGUGUAUAUUUGACAAAAAAGAUAAAAAGCUAAUUGGUUGUUUGUAAAUAAAAUGCGUGUGUAUAUUUUGACUAUUUUCCUAUGGCUACGUGAAAUCACAUAAUUAGGUUUAAUAAAAGGUCUGUCUACUCUUUAUGCUGAAUGUGAAUAAAAAUAUAUUGGGAUAAAA